AAUUUCGGAAACAUGCUAAAAGGACAAUUUCACCGAGUCGUCAUCUAGUGGAACGAAGGUGGAGACCUGACAUUUUCACCUGGAUUACCCCGGCGAACACUCGCUUCUAUGAUGGACGUCAGAUCAGGCGAGCUCGAGUAUGUCGACGCCGAGGAAGUCGGUGGUAUGCUCGCGACGGAAACCGCACCCGCGGAACAAGUUCUUGUUCAGAUGACCGACGGCGGCCUUUGUCCAAUGGCGCCAGCGACGGAAUCGGAGAUCGACGUUCGUCUGCCGCCGGACACUAUCGAGCAGCUCAGGCAGGGGAAAUCAGUGCUGUACCGAGUCGGUGAACGCGGUGAACUGUGGCUCCUUCAAUCCGAUUGCUUGAGCCAGAGCUUCGAAGACAUCACCAUGCAGAGCGCCGAAAUGGAAGAGGGGGUGGAGAUAGGGACGGAGAUAUUGGCCGCCGUCGAACACUCAGAUGCCGAAGCCAUUCUCAAAGAGGUCGUGCAGGAGAACCCGGUGACCGAGCAGGUCACGUCGCAGAGUAGUGCGUGCUCUGUCAAGCUCGAAGACAGUCAGCCAGAGCCAGUCAACUCGAAUACAAGACCAGAAUCGAAUCCGAUUGUCACGUCGGUGCAACAAAAAAAGUUGAUACAGGCCCAUCUCACGCCUGUCUCCGCCGAUAAACCCCAAGGACGGUCGGGACAAGUGCACCAGUGCCAGACAUGCGGGGCGUCCUUCAGCUCCGUGUUCCAUCUCAGAAGGCACACUCAUAUUCACACGGGGGCUCGACCCUUCGCCUGUAAAUACUGCCCGCAACGCUUUCGGCACAAAACCUCACUCAAGGUUCACGUGAGGAAACACACCGGCGAAAUGCCGUACACAUGUCCCGAGUGUCGGAAACAGUUCCGGGAUCCGGCCAACUUCAAAGUCCACGUACGGAGUCACAGCAAAGAGAAAACCUACGAGUGCAAUCAUUGCGAGAAACGGUUCAAUUCCGCCUCGACGCUGUACGCCCAUAAGAAGACUCAUGAUGCCGACCGACCCUUCAGCUGCGACCACUGUAAGAGGGCCUUCCGAUUCAACACGACCUUGACUCGCCAUCUGAGGACUCACACCGGAGAAAAACCAUACAGCUGCGACCAUUGUCGAGCUUUCUUCACAACAGCGUCGAAUCUUGCCGCGCACAAAAAAAGACACGAGAACGCCGAAAGGAAGAAAAAGGAAAAGCCCCUGAUGUACAGCUGCGAACAUUGCAAUUUGGAGUUUCACACGAAAAACGGUCUCAAAAUCCAUCGUCGGCAGCAUCAGCAGCAGGUAGUUCGACGAAAAGCUCCGAUCCGGGAAGAUCAGCCGGAAUCGAUAGCGAAGGCUCAGAACGCGGAGGCUUCGGAUCUCAAAGAUCGACUCGAGCCGGGACCCACCCCGGAAAAAUCGUCUUCAUCACCGAACAAAAACAGCAACGCCGACCGAUCAAACAAUUCUCCGGAGUCUCCAGGAGCCGUCUCAGAGAGGCGACAGGAAGCGUUGUCGCUUGACAUGGUCUUGAGAGGAAGUGAUUCCGCAAGUGAAAAAAUUCGAACCGCAGUGAUAUCGGCAUCAUCGUCUCCGACGGACGAUUUCCAAUGUGAAACCUGCGAGAAGAAAUUCCGGAAUGCGGUGGUCCUCGCAGCACACUCAAGAACUCACAAUCUGUCGAGGGGAAUAACGGUCACCUAUAUGCAGUCUGUGCGCUGAACUUCGCUCCGAGAUAUCGAUCGUUGAUGAAUUACACUGUAUCUGUGCCAUAUUGUAUCAUACGAGUUGGGACCCUCGAGAGAGGGAUACGUUAAGAUUUGAGAUAAGGAAGCUUUGCUUGUUAAGAUGGACAUCCCAGAUCCUCGAUCCGGUCGGAGCUCUCCCUUCGCGCCGAGGGGCGUGUGGAUUCAAGUUCCG